AUGAAGACUUCCUUCAUCUCUGUUUUUGCCAUUCUGGGCUUGGCAAAUGCCAUUCCUGUUGAUCAGAUUCACCAGCUUGACACUCGUCAGCUCGCUUACUCUGAUGAGCUCAAGCUCGGACAAUGUGCUGGGAGCGUCUUCAUUUUCGCUCGCGGCUCGACCGAAACGGACAACAUGGGAACGAUUUGUGGCCCGCAGACUUGCUCUGCCUUGAAGUUGAAUCUUGGCGGCGAUGCCAUUUGCCAGGGCGUUGGCACUGUGGAUGGCUACGCCGGUGAUCUCCCGAGCAAUUUCUUGCCCAAGAACACCAAUGACUUGGCAAUUGCCGGUGCGGUCAAGCUCAUCAAUCAAGCCGCUUCGCAAUGUCCCGAUGCCAGCAUCUUGCUCGGCGGGUACAGUCAAGGAACUGCAGUCAUGGACAAUGCCGUUCAAGCCCUCUCUGCCGAUGUCAAGAGCAAGGUCAAGGGUGUAGUGCUCUUUGGGUUCACUCGCAACGCCCAGGACAAUGGCCAGAUUCCCGGCUUUGAUGCUUCAAAGACCAAGGUCUUCUGCGCCCUCGGUGACCUGGUCUGUGACAACACGCUGACCAUUACUCCGGCCCAUCUCACUUACGGAGUCAAUGCGGCAGACGCGGGCAAGUUCUUGGCUGAUGCUGCCUAG